AUGGUAAGUAUUAAAGGCAACAAUAUGAGCAAUUUCAAAGAGGAUGAGAAAAUAACCAAAAUUGAGACAAGUGAAUACAGAAAUUACCAAUUCCAGACUACUUACUACAGUGAUUCUGUUGCAAAGUUUAAUGCUUUGAAGAAGAAGACAUAUUUUCCAGUAGUUUUGGUUGCAGGAAUAGCCUACAUUGCUGCUCAGAUUCUAAUGGAAGGAAUCCUCAGCCCUUCAACCUGGUUGAGAGCUAUUCCAAUUUUAAUGUUUUUGUUAAUAUAUUAUAGAAGAAUUAGAGUCAGAGACCAGACGAUUUUGAUUUUCUAUGGUAUUGGAGUCCAACUAGAAACAAAAUAUCUUUUUGGAAAAACCUGUACCUUCAUUGAAAAGUCAAAGAUACUUUCCGCUAUUAUCUACGACAAAAUGACAUAUAUGGAGCUUUCUCCAUGUAUAGGACUUGUAGUAAAGAAUGAAAAAUCCCUAAUCAUGCCAUUUUCUGAUUUUACAAUCCCCACAGAAAAGAACAUACUCAUCUACAACGUAUUAAAGAUGAUUUAA